AUGUCCAACGAACAACAAACAACCGACAAACAAGAGGUACUUUCACUCAACCCGGACUCCACUGUCAACGAAGUUGAAAGUCUUUGUAUUAAUUGUUUCAAGAAUGGUAUUACGAAACUUAUGCUCACAGAAAUUCCAUACUUUAGAACCAUUUUAUUGGCGCAUUUCUCUUGCCCAUAUUGCCACUACUCGAACACUGAAGUCCAACAAACGAUCCCCAUCCAAGACCAUGGAAUUGCAAACACAUUAACAGUGAAGACACCCAAAGACCUCUCACGACAAAUUGUGAAAUCGGACCAUGCGUCCAUCAAAUUCCCAGCUCUAGGGUUUGAAAUUCCAUCAACAGCGCAAGCGAGUUCUUUAAAUACAUUAGAAGGAUUUAUUCAGAAUGCCAUAGACUCACUCAAAUACGUCUUAAGUCGCCUCAUAGAGACGGGCGAUGACUAUAAAAAGAUCUUAACUGUCGUCUCUGGCCUUCAAGAGUGUUUAGAAGUGAAAGUCCCGUUCACCGUGAUAUUGGACGACCCCUCAGGAAACUCCUUUUUAGAGAAUUUGUGUGUUCCAAAGGAUGACCCUCAAAUUAACACGACGGUGUAUAUCAGAGACGUCGAACAAAACAAAGAGGUGGGUCUUAUAGCAGACGGCCAGAAUGAGAUAAUCCCGACGGAGUCCGGAUAUGACAAUAAGACUUCAAAAGACUUAGUUCCUCAGCACAAAAACACUGACGAAUUGGAGAAAGGACUUCCAAAAAUGGACGACAAGAGCUCAAUUGAUUGUCCAGCCGAAGUUGCCGAAUUAGACGAGGAAUGUCAGAUGUGCCACAAAAUGUCGAAGCUUCGAAUGAUGUUAACGAAGAUUCCGUUCUUCAAGGAAGUCACCAUCUUUGCGUUCUCCUGCGACAACUGUGGGUUCAAGACGAACGAAAUUAAGUGCGGCGGCGAAGUGUCGCAAACGGCGAAAAAGAUUGUUUUUACGCCAAAAACAGCGGAGGACUUGACACGAAGUUUCUUGAAGUCUGAAACGGCGGCGGUGUCGAUUGUGGAGGUUGGAGUCGAUCUCGAGCCGGGAACACUCGGAAGUAAAUUCACAACAAUAGAAGGCUUCUUAAACGACGUUAUUAAUCAUUUGGACGACUUGCCAUUUGUUCAUGGAGACUCAGCGGAAAAGGGAGAAGAAGACAAAUUAAAGAACAUCGUGCAAAGACUUAAGAACUUUAAAGAAUUCAAAGAACAAUUCACACUCAUUAUAGACGACUUGAUGAGUAAUUCUUAUAUACAAAAUCCAAACGCUCCAGAAAAGGACGACUGCUGCGUAGAAACAGUUUACGUCAGAACUAAGGAACAAGAUGACGAACUCGGUCUUAAUGAUAUGAAGACGGAAUAA